ACUUUGAGAGAGGGUCUCUAUUCCUUUUCUCUCUCUUUGGCCAAUUUCUAUUGAGGCAGCCAGGUCUCAGUGUCUCACUAACUCUAGAGAUCAAACAAAAAACCUCGAUGCCGAUCCCGACGCCCUUAAGCAGCGCCUCCGCCAUGCUCCGCCACCGGCUCCUCCAGUCCCUCCGAACACGCGGCGGUUCGAGCUCUGCUUCGGGCCGAUGGACGAGUCCUGGCCACGAGGAGCGGCCCAAGGGAUACCUCUUCAACCGGACCCCACCUCCCCCGGGCCAGUCUCGUAAGUGGGAAGACUGGGAACUCCCCUGCUACAUCACCAGCUUCCUCACUAUCGUCAUCCUCGGAGUUGGGCUCAACGCCAAGCCCGAUUUGACCAUCGAAACUUGGGCCCACGAAAAAGCCCUGGAGCGCCUCAAGAUGGAAAACAACCUCUCCUCUAAUAAUGAUUCUUCCGAUUCGCCCUGAAUUCGGAUCCCACCCUCUUCCCUUGCUCGCUCCGUUAGGUUUUGAAGAGCAAAAUAGGUUUCCGUUGCAAUAAGGUUUGUAGAUCACAGAAGU